GCAGGUUGGAGGAAUGCAGACAGGCCUGGUGAUAAGAGAGAUACACUGGAAUUAGGGAUCGGACCAUUGCCGCUGUUCUUUACAGGUGAUUGAAUCAAGGCAACAACUUUACAUCAGCAUGAUAAAGGACUUCCCGGUCUCCUCCCUCGUGGCUGGGUUAUAUAUAAAAGUCAGGCCGCUGGGAUUUCACUCCUCCACACUUAUGUCCACACAUUGACAUUUCGCAGGUGUUGCUUCUGGAAUUUGUCCGUGUUAUGUCCGAGUGGCACCAGAGGUUGAGGAGCAUCACUUUUACUGUUUAAGGUCAAACAUCAGGGGUCAAUGUCUCCGUCUCUGGCCCGAUCGGCUCCGAGCGAGCUCAACCAUUGGUGGAGCCAGAUGAGGUUUCGCCUUCAGAACAAGAAAGGAUGGAACGAGAUGCUGGAUGAGACCUUUCUGUUCCACACCAAGUACAUAAAUGACAUUCCUCUCUUCUAUGCGUCUAAGAAGAACAGUGUGGGUUGCAUCAAGAAGCUGCUGAGCUUUGCGUCCACCAACAUCUUUGAGAGAGGGGCUCUCGGGGAGACGGCGCUUCAUGUCGCUGUGAUGAAUGACAGUCUGGAGGCUGCCGUGGCUCUGAUGGACGGAGCUCCUGAACUCAUCAACGAGCCCAUGACCUCUGAGCUCUUCCAAGGCGUCACUCCGCUCCACAUCGCCGUGGUGAAUCAGAACAUCAACCUGGUCUAUCAUCUCAUUAGUCGAGGUGGUGAUGUGGUCAACCCCCGAGUCACCGGCUUGUACUUCAGGAAGAGGAUAGGAGGACUCAUAUACUACGGUGAACACAUCCUGUCUUUUGCUGUGUGUGCUGGAAACGAGGACAUUAUUUCCAUGGUGAUCGAAGCAGGGGCGAGCACCAGGGUCCAGGACUACAGAGGCAACACGGUCCUUCACAUUUUGGUUCUGCAGCCCAACAAGAUGAUCGCGUGCCAGGCCAUUGACCUGAUUAUGGCGCACGACGCAGAGCUGGACCAGUUGGUGCCACUGGACAUGGUGCCCAACUACCGGGGCCUCACACCUUUCAAACUGGCGGCCAAAGAGGGAAACGUCGUGGCGUUUCAGCACCUGGUGAAUAAGAGACGUGUGGUCCAGUGGAGUCUGGGCCCUCUGACCUCAAACCUCUACGACCUGACUGAGAUCGACUCGUGGGCCGACAACAUGUCAGUGAUGGAGCUUAUUGUUGGCGGCCAUGAGCGAGAGGCGAGGAGGAUACUGGAGGUGACCCCCGUGAGGCAGCUGGUCAGUCUGAAGUGGAACCUGUAUGGAAAACAUUACUUCAGGCUGCUGAUGCUUCUGUAUCUGCUGUACAUCGUGAUUUUCACACUGUGCUGUGUGACUCGCCCCCUGAAGGACGCUCCGGAGAACUACACAAAGUCGGACAUGGACAAAACCAUCCGCAUCCAGAAACCACUCAAUGAGAGUUAUGUGACAUAUGAAGACAGCCUGCGGCUGGCGGGAGAAAUCAUCAGCGUCCUGGGAGCUUUUGCCAUCCUGUUGCUGGAGAUCCCUGAUAUAUUGAGAGUGGGAGCAAAGCGCUACUUUGGCCAAACAGCACUCGGAGGCCCCUUCCAUGUCAUCCUUAUCAGCUACGCCUGCUUGGUGGUGCUGCUCUGCGUGUUCAGAGCCUGUGAGGUGCAGGGAGAGGCCGUGGUGAUGGCCGUGUGUUUGGUUCUGGGCUGGUGCAACGUCAUGUUCUUCGCCCGGGGUUUUGAAAUGCUCGGCCCUUACGUCAUCAUGAUACAGAAGAUCAUAUUUGGAGACCUGACGAAGUUUAUGUGGCUGACAGUCAUUGUGCUCAUUGGUUUUUCCACCUCCCUGUGGAUGGUGUAUAUGACCCAGGAUCCUGAUUCCCUCCCCGCAUAUCGCUCCUUCCCCAUCACCCUCUUCUCCCAGUUCGAGCUCAGCGUAGGCCUCAUAGAUCUGCCCGUGGAUCACACCAUCACCACACCCCCCAUCGUCCAUGUGAUACACUGCGCCUUCUCUGUGGUCUCCUACAUCCUGCUGCUGAAUCUCCUGAUAGCCAUGAUGAGCGACACGCACUGGAGGGUGGCGCAGGAGAGGGACGAGCUCUGGAGGACACAGGUAGUGGCCACAACUCUGAUGCUGGAGAGGAGGCUGCCACGCUGGCUGUGGCCUCGGCUCGGGGUGUGUGGGCUCGACUACGGCCUGAAGGAGCGCUGGUAUCUCAGGGUUGAGGACAGAAAUGACUCCAUGUUGCAAAAGAUGCGUCGUUACAUCCAAGCCUUCUCCAAAGAGGAGGAAAAGGAGGGAUGGGACAAGAUGGACACGAUAAAGGGCUCGAGCUCAGGAACCCCGACGCUCAGGCCUAAAAACAGAGGUGGCUUUGGAAACAGGAAGACACUGACUGGCUGGCAGAUGAUUCGCCACAGUGCUUUGGGUUUGGAGAUGGAACAGGAGGACCCAGAGGACCAGGACAUUAAACACGUUUAGAGGGAGACUCUGCCUGAGCGUGGACUGGGUCGUCCGAGGCCUUCUAUUAUCUCACAGCUCUGUGGUGCUGAUGAAUUUCACUGAACUAACUUGCGAGGAGAACAAUCUCAGUUUCUCUAUGUAGACAACAGUGCAAUUAUUCCUGCAGUAUUAUGCCAUAGAAAAGAGUUGUGUUCUUUUUAUAGCAAUAUAAAACAUAUGUAGCAGUAAAACUGUAUAUAAGAAGCUCAAACAAAGUGAAAUAGAGACAUUGUACUUGUUAGGUAGAAGCAUGACUAUUUUAUAUGAAAAUAAAAACUUGUUGAAACAAAGUCCACAUCCAGGUUCAAUUGAUACUACAUGAUGCUGCAAGAAGAUGUAAGUUACAAAUCCACAGGUGUUAAAUACAAAACAGCUGUUGCGGAAGAAGCUUUGUCAUUUUAUUUGCCGGAUUCUACUGAUUGGAAAGUGGAAAGAGAAACGAUGCGAUGUGUUAUUGAGGAGUCGAUGCUUGCAGACGGAGAAUGCGUUUGCUCAUUUCUCUGAUGAAAAGACGAGGCUGUCAGGCCUGCUUCUCACAGAUGAAGUAGGCUGAGUGGGCGCAGGGCGCCCUCAUCCAGUUCUUCUGGGAUGGGCCGUCACCUCUCAGGAGGCCACAAUC